CGUGCCGACAUGAAUUAUUUUCGCCUUUAUUGCUAGUCAACGGUUUUGUGCUUGGUGGUUGUGUUUCAAAUGACAAAUGUAAAUCCGUCAAAGGGGUAAAGCGGAUACGUGCGCAUAAAAUCGUUUUUAUAGGCGAGAAACGAGUUGAUAAGCGGUGAAAUUCCAGGAAAUUGGCUAGCAUAGGAUAGCAUAGAAUAGCAUAAGUGAUAUUGGUUAUUUUAUACGAUAACUUCUGUUCAUCGUAAGGCUUGGCGUUCUCCGGGCAGCCGAAUUCGAGGUUAGCGUAGUUAGUCGGAUUAGCGAUGACGGGUGCGACCGCAACUGAAAAAACAACCGCCAACAACCCCCUGGAGCAGUUUGUCCUCCUGGCUAAAACUGCUAAAGGCGCAGCAGCGGUGGAGCUGAUAAAGCAGGCCGUUGAAGCACCUGGAGUAAAUGUCUUUGGGGAGCUGCUGGAUAUGCCGAACAUAAAAGAAUUGGAGAACGGACCGUUCGCCGAGUACUGGAACACGUUGAAUCUAUUCGCCUAUGGCACAUACAAGCAGUACUUAGAAAACAAAGAUAAACUGUUCGACCUCACACCCGUUCAAAAAAAGAAACUCCAGCAUUUGACGAUAGUCACGCUAGCAACCAAAUCAAAGUGCAUACCUUACUCCGUUCUGCUGGAAGAGCUUGACGUCAAGAACGUCAGAGACUUGGAGGAUCUGAUAAUAGAGGCUGUUUAUGCCGACAUUAUCCAUGGUAAAUUGGACCAGAAGAACUCACAGCUAGAAGUUGACUAUGCUGGAUUAGGUCGGGACGUCAGACCCGGCGAUACCGGCGCCGUCGCAGAGACCUUGGCUGCUUGGGGAGAGGCCUGCGACGCGGUACUGGCCUGCAUUGAGCAGCAGGUGCUGAGGGCCAACAGUGAAAAACAAAAGGCAACUCAACACAAAGAAAAAAUACAGCAGGAUAUCGCAAACGUUAAAAAAUUAAUCUCAGCUCAGGCAGGAGGCGGAGGUGUCCAGGAGGCAGAUGUCGCUGGUGGCGGAGUUGGAUCCGGAGCCGGAGGAAGCGAAACGGGCCGAGAAGCUCUGCCUGUUCCACCAGAUGCUAAAAAGAAACAACAAAAGGCGAAAGGUAUUCGAGGCACUGGUAAGUUCUGGAAGACUUAAAGUAAGUAACAAACGGAUAAGUGCAGAUCUCUUGAGGCCUACUUCUUGUCCAUGAAUCGGUGAUACUCUCGAUAUUUUUAGGAAGAAAAAAAUGUCAUACAUGUAAGUUUCUAUUGACUCAAACUAACGAAUAUUCGUGUGCGUAUGAUGAAGUGAAUUCAGGGUGGCCACUUCUCUGGGAGAAUCGAGAACUUUUAUCAGUGAACUAUUUCCAAGUCUUGGGAUUAUUUCAACUCCGCGUAUACAAAUUGAAAAUA